AUGAGCACCGACGAGGCCCUCGCCAAGGACCGCUGUCACGUGCUGGAGGUGCAGCUGAUGCACAUUGUGGAGGCAACGCAGACGGAGCUGCUGCGCGCCACGAAGCAGCUGAGUAUGCGAGCCGGAGUCAUGACGCUUCGCUUUCACCACGACAUUCCCUACCUGUGA